CUUUACAUGGCAUUUUCGCGAGCGUACGUCUCUAGGUUUCUAAAGAAGAAAUCUAAUUCGCCAUUCAUUUUUCUAUUUAGAAAAUAAAUAGAAACAAUUAUAAUGUCUUCUAUUUGUAUUGAAUAAUAUUAAAUCGGAGAGAGAAGAAAUAAAAGUGUUCGAAAAAGACUUCCGUUGGAUUGCAUACAAUCCAAGGCCAAGGCUGGCCCACAAAUCACCAUUAGAACCUCUCGCGUCCCCAAAAAAGUAAAGCUUUACUUUCUACUCAAAGGUAAGUCUCUAAACAAAACAAAAACGAUGGACUCCGAUUGUGAAAUCUUCAGCGAUCUAGAUUCCGGUGAAGAAUCGAACGAAAACACAGAAUUCGCGACAGAAAUCGACCCCGUGAGCGUAGAUGAAGAGAGCGAAGUUGACGAUUAUCCCUUCGAAAUCCUCUCUACAAACCAAAUUGCCCAACACAUGGCCGACUGCAUCAAAGAAGUGAACGCAGUUGUCGGUCUGCCACCAACAGUCACCCGGAUCUUGCUAAAUCACUUCAAAUGGGACAAAGAGAAGAUGAUGGAACGAUUCUACGACGGAAACCAAGAAAAACUCUUCGAGGAAGCACACGUCGUGAAUCCUGUAAAAUCUUCCAGAGCUUCCCAAUCCUCCAGACAGAGGCGCUCAACGAAUCAGAGCAGCGAGGAUUGUGAAAUCUGCUUCGUAAGUUACCCAGCGCCGCUGAUGGCUGGCCUCGACUGUGGACAUCGCUUCUGCACGACCUGUUGGGACGAUUACCUGACAACGAAAAUCAUGGAGGAUGGCGUCGGUCAAACAAUCGCCUGCGCGGCACACAAUUGCAAGAUUCUCGUCGACGACGAAAGCGUGAUGCGACUCAUAAAGAGCUCCAAGGUCAAGUUAAAGUACCAGCAUCUCAUCACGAACAGCUUCGUCGAUUGCAACCGGCUUUUGCGGUGGUGUCCGUCUCCGAACUGCAACAAUGCAGUGAAGGUUCAGUUCCUUGAGUCGCGGUCUGUCACCUGCAGAUGCGGACACACCUUCUGCUUCCUCUGCGGACAAAAUCGGCACGAGCCGGUCAAGUGCGAGCUGCUCAAAAAGUGGAUCAAGAAGUGCAACGAAGACUUGGCUUCCUGCAACUGGAUCGCGAAGAACACCAAGGACUGUCCACAGUGCGACUUCACGAUUGAGAAGAACGGCGGCUGCAACCACAUCACCUGCGGGAACAGAACCUGCAGGCACGAGUUCUGUUGGAUCUGUUUAGGAAAGUGGGACAUCCACAGGACAAUUGGGACGAGUUGUAACCGAUAUUCGGCAAGCAAUGAGAGCAAGGAACAGUCUCGAACGUCGCUGAACAGGUACUUGUUCUAUUGCAAUCGAUACAUGAAUCAUAUGCAGUCGCUGAAGUUCGAGCACAAGCUCUACGCGAGCGUCCAGAAGAAAAUGGAGGAGAUGCAGCAGUUUAAUAUGACCUGGAUCGAGUGUCAGUUCCUGAAGAAGGCUGUCGACAUUCUCUGUCUCUGCAGACAAACGCUGAUGUACACCUACAUCUUUCCGUAUUAUCUUGAGAAGAACAACCAGAUAGCGAUCUUCGAGAACAAUCAGCAGGAUCUUGAAAAUGCGACUGAGAGUUUGUCGGAGUAUCUGGAACGGGAUAUUACGAGUGAAAAUCUGAUUGAUAUCAAACAAAAAGUUCAGGACAAGUAUCGGUAUUGUUCGAGUAGGAGGAAUGCGCUUCUCAAACAUGUUCAUGAAGGGUAUGAUGAAGAUUGGUGGCAAUAUUUGUAAUUGAA